CUGAUAGCAACGAUGCAGCAUUCACUCGAAGAAGUUAAAGUUAGAGAAGGACAGCGUUGUUUCUUCAAAAUUCCUACUAGAAGAGAAGCGGGGACAUUUAGAGGUUGUUGAAUAAGAAGCCCGAGUUUUUUUUUCUUUUUGUUAUCGACGCUGGUGGAGUAUCGAUGGAAAAGAGACUGGCGGAGUUCAGAGCCAGAAGACUGGCUCAAAAUGCCGACAAAAUGAGCGAAAGAUCGCAGUCUGAAGAACAGACUGCUGAAAGUGUCGAUAAAAGAAGUCAAAAGUCUGACUUUCCACGCUCUGAGGAACAGACUGCAGCAGAAUCCGAAGCCCAGUCUGAAACAGCUGGCUGUCAACAACCAGAGAGGACAGAAAACAAUCCAGCACACAGCUCUCAAAGCCAGCCCCGCAGAGACUGGAUGCUGGACAGCGCUCUGGGACAGUGGCUGGCCUCCAGGCAGUACGUCGUCUCAAACGUGAUCUUGCUCAAAGUGCUGCUGUGGCUGGUUCUCCUGGGCCUGUUCGUGGAGCUGGAGUUCGGCCUGGCCUUCUUCGUGCUCUCCCUCUUCUACUGGCUCUACGAAGGCCUCCGCAGCCCGGCACCACGCCAGCCCGGAGAGAUGAGCGCCUACUCCGUGUUCAACCCAGACUGUCAGCCUCUGCUGGGCUCCCUCACUGCAGAGCAGCUGGAGGGGGAGAUGGGUUACAGACCUCUGGCCAACAGAUGAAAAGUUCACGUUUGCACGUUUAUAGAAAAUUGGAAGCUAUUUCUUUUUCUGGGAAAAUGGUAAAUUAAUUAAGAAAAGGUUAUAACUUUUUGCAAUUUCAGUUGAUUACUUUUCUAUUGCACAUUAAACUGGAAUUGAUGUCACUUGAA